AUUAAUACAUAAACAUUAAUUAAAAUUAAUAAAAUUAAAAAUGUCAAAAAUGUCUGAUAGAUAUUAGUUGUUUUCCUUUAGCAAUUAGUAAUAGAUCCUUGUAGUAAAGUAGUAAUCCUUGUAGUAGUAGUUGAGCCAUAGCCCAUCUUUAUUCUUCCAGGUAUGUAACAAUGUUUGUUCAGGACGCCCAUAUGUCAAUAGAUUUGAGAACCUUACGUGCCAUACGUGUUCUACGACCUUUGAAAUUAGUAUCCGGAAUUCCAAGUCUUCAAGUAGUUCUCAAGUCCAUCAUCAAGGCCAUGGCUCCACUUUUACAAAUAGGCCUUCUGGUGCUAUUUGCCAUUGUUAUAUUUGCCAUCAUAGGUCUUGAAUUUUAUAGUGGGGCUUUUCAUUGGACAUGUUAUAGUACAAUAGAUAACAAAAUAGUUAAAGAGGGUGAAUGGGAAACACCUUGUUUCCAUAAAAAUGGUACUGCACCUCCUGGGGCACGUGAAUGUACAGGCGAAUCAAAAUGCUUACCUGGUUGGGAUGGCCCAAAUUAUGGAAUCACAAAUUUUGAUAACAUUUUUUUUGCCAUGCUAACAGUUUUCCAAUGCAUUACCAUGGAAGGUUGGACAGCAAUUUUAUAUUGGACAAAUGAUGUCUAUGGAAGUCUCUAUAAUUGGAUGUAUUUUAUACCUCUUAUUAUUCUUGGAUCCUUUUUUAUGCUCAAUCUUGUUCUUGGUGUGCUAAGUGGAGAAUUUGCAAAAGAAAGAGAAAGAGUUGAAAAAAGACAGGUUUUUUUAAAGCUUCGAAGACAGCAGCAAUUGGAGAGAGAGCUCAAUGGAUAUGUUGAAUGGAUAUGCAAAGCAGAGGAAGUCAUCCUUGCAGAGGAGAGAACCACAGAAGAGGAAAAAAUGCAUAUAAUAGAAGCUCGAAAGAAAGCAGCUGCCAAAAAAAAAAAAUUAUUAAAAUCUAUGCAUAGUAAAAGCACAGAUGAAGAUGAAGAAGAAGAAGAAGAAGUACUAUCACGGUCUUCCCGAUUCAAAGCUAAAUUUAAUAAAGGGGCUUGUAAAGCAUUUUGGAGAGCAGAAAAAAGAUUAAAAUUCUAUAUUCGUCAUGUUAUAAAAACUCAAGUAUUUUAUUGGAGUGUUAUUGUACUUGUCUUUUUAAAUACUAUUUGUGUUGCUGUUGAACAUCAUGGCCAAGAAGAAUGGCUAACAGAUUUUUUAUUUUAUGCAGAAUUUGUAUUUUUAGGAUUAUUCAUUUUUGAAAUGCUUGUUAAAAUGUAUGCCUUAGGCCCUCGUAUUUAUUUUGAAUCAGCAUUCAACAGAUUUGAUUGUAUAGUUAUAGCUGGUAGUAUAUUUGAAGUAGUAUGGUCCAAUUUAAAUGAUGGUUCCUUUGGUUUGUCAGUAUUGAGAGCAUUAAGGUUACUCAGGAUAUUUAAAGUUACAAAAUAUUGGUCUCCAUUAAGAAAUUUAGUCAUUUCCCUUCUCAGCAGUAUGAGAUCUAUUAUUAGUUUAUUGUUUCUCCUUUUUUUAUUCAUACUCAUCUUUGCAUUGUUAGGAAUGCAACUUUUUGGUGGAUCGUUUAAUUUUGAAGACGAAACACCACCUGAAAAUUUUGAUACAUUUCCCAUUGCUCUUAUCACUGUUUUCCAAAUCCUCACAGGAGAAGAUUGGAAUGAAGUAAUGUAUAAAGGAAUUGAAUCACAAGGUGGAAUCAAAACAGGAAUGUGGUACAGCAUUUAUUUUAUUAUACUCACAUUAUUUGGUAACUACACCUUACUAAAUGUAUUUUUGGCUAUUGCUGUUGACAAUUUGGCCAAUGCUCAGGAAUUAACUGCAGCUGAAGAAGAAGAAGCAGAAGAAGAUAAAGAGAGAACUAAAGGAGAAUUGAAAAAAGAAUUAGCCGAUUUACAACCUCCAGAAGUAAAUAUAUGUCCACCUUCUCCACAAAAUAAUGCUGAUGGAAGUAAAACAGGAAAUCUUGUUCAAAGUAAAGAAAACCAAAAGAACAAUUGUAAGAUUACAAGUAUUCAAUAUAUUUAUUAUUGGCAAUUGAUUUGUUUUAUUUCUCUUACAUCUUGUAGAAUACGUCGAGGAGCUCAUUAUAUAGUAAAUCUUCGUUAUUUCGAUCUCUUCAUUAUGAUCAUCAUUUCUUUAAGUAGCAUAGCAUUAGCAGCAGAAGAUCCUGUGGACGAAGAUUCUGAACGAAAUAAAAUUCUCAACUGUUUUGAUUAUGCAUUUACAGGAGUGUUCACAGUGGAAAUGUUAUUGAAGGUAGUGGACCAAGGUAUCAUACUUCAUCCAGGAUCAUAUUGUAGGGACAUAUGGAAUAUACUCGAUGCCAUUGUUGUUAUUUGUGCCUUGGUUGCCUUUGCCUUCACGAAAGGUGGUGCAGGUCAAAAUUUAAGCACCAUUAAAUCGCUUAGAGUAUUAAGAGUAUUGAGACCAUUAAAAACUAUUAAAAGAGUACCAAAACUAAAAGCGGUGUUUGAUUGUGUUGUUACUUCAUUAAAAAAUGUUGUAAACAUACUCAUUGUGUACAUAUUAUUCCAAUUCAUUUUUGCUGUCAUUGCAGUUCAGUUAUUUAAUGGUCGGUUUUAUCACUGUACAGAUUCAUCAAAGCUAAUUCCAGAAGAUUGCCAUGGAAAAUUUUUUCAGUUUGAGGAGCCUGGAAAGCCUCCCGAAGUUGUACGUAGAGAAUGGAAAAAUCAUGAUUUUCACUAUGAUAAUGUUAUGGCAGCUAUGUUAACAUUAUUUACUGUACAAACAGGUGAAGGUUGGCCUCAGGUACUUCAACAUUCCAUGGAUGCUACACGUAAAAACUAUGGACCGUUACCUCAUUAUCGAGUUGAAGUCUCUAUUUUUUAUGUCGUAUUUUUCAUUGUCUUUCCAUUCUUCUUUGUCAAUAUUUUUGUUGCCUUAAUUAUUAUUACAUUCCAAGAACAAGGAGAAAAAGAAUUAGAAGAAGGAGAUAUUGAUAAAAACCAGAAAUCAUGUAUAGAUUUUGCUAUCCAAGCAAAACCAUUAGAAAGAUAUAUGCCAAGAAAUACACAUGGUAUCAGUUAUAAAAUUUGGAAGAUUGUUGUUUCAACUCCAUUUGAAUAUUUUAUUAUGAUAUUAAUUAUUUUUAACACUGUUUUGUUAAUGAUGAAGAAUUUCUUCAAAGAUCCCUGGAAUACGUUUGAUUUAAUAACUGUCAUUGGAAGUGUGGUGGAUGCAGUUCUUUCAGAGACUGGAAGUGUGUCAAAACAAUUCAGUGUUGGAUUUUUAAGAUUAUUUCGUGCUGCCAGACUAAUAAAACUUUUAAGACAAGGUUAUACGAUACGAAUAUUACUUUGGACAUUUGUUCAAUCUAUCAAAGCACUGCCAUAUGUAUGCUUGUUGAUAGGCAUGCUGUUUUUCAUCUAUGCCAUCAUUGGCAUGCAGGUGUUUGGAAAUAUCGAGUUUAACCCAGAUACAGAUAUGAACAAGCAUAACAACUUCCAUUCCUUUAUUCAAUCAUUGAUGCUGUUAUUUAGAUGUGCGACUGGGGAAGCUUGGCAAUCCAUUAUGAUGUCAUGCCUUCAAGGACAAUCAUGUGAUCCAAAAGCAAAUAAAAAGGCUAAAGAAUGUGGCAGUAACUUAGCAUUUAUCUAUUUUGUUAGUUUUAUUUUCUUCUGUUCAUUUCUGAUGUUAAAUUUAUUUGUUGCUGUAAUUAUGGAUAAUUUUGACUACUUAACCAGAGAUUCAUCUAUUCUUGGAGCUCAUCAUUUGGAUGAAUUCAUAAGAGUUUGGGCUGAAUAUGAUCCAAAUGCAACAGGAUAUAUCCAUUAUACAGAAAUGUAUGAUAUGCUGAAAAAUAUGGAUCCACCUCUUGGAUUCGGCAACAAGUGCCCUUAUAGGCUAGCAUAUAAGGUUAAGGAUGAUGUCAAAAUGGCUGCCUUCAAUUUCUUAUAGACAUAGCUGACCAAAGAUAAUUUGACUUCAGUUUUAACAAUCGAUAGUGCAUUACUUAGAGUUCCAGCAGGCCAAAAACAUUCCAAAUUAUGAAUUAUCAAUAUUUUGGAUUAUCCGAAUUCAAUACUGUAGGAAAGCUUGUGGAAAAAGACAGGUAAUUACUUCAAAUUAACAGAAAUUUUGAAUUAAAUGAUACUCAUAUUUUCCAGAUUAAUUGAUAACCAAAAGACUUUCAACAAAUUGUUUUUGUUAUUAAAAAAGUGAUAUUAAAUUGGAGU